GGACGCGUGUAUAUCACACCACGCAGGCCGGUGCUAGCAGACGCCGGACGUGAGAUUGCGGCCGACUGAUUCAGACACCGGCAAAUAACCGACUCGAGAGAGUGUCGGCUGAAACGGCUCCAAUGGAAUAAUUGUGGGUCUACUGCAGAGGAAGGUGGCCAGUUUCGUCAACAUCUCCAUCAAGCAAGAUGACGGAGGACAUUCUGGCCAGCCGCCGGUCAAAAGGCGACCUCUGCUGGGUCCUCAAGUCCUGGAACCAGGACGCCGGAGAUUUCUCUCCAAAACUACUGCCAAUGUCGCUCUUAGACUGCGUCAAAAGUGAUGCCGGAGUCGUGACAGCACUCGCUCAGCUGCCGGCGGCCGAGCAGUGCCAAGCGCGGGACCAGAUCGACGCCAUAUUCACCGAGAUGCACCACAACUUCAGCGUCGGGUCGGUGCGCCGAGUCGGCUACUCGCUGGCCAAGAUAUUCAAACAGCUCUACGACAGAAUUUGUGUGGAGCGGGCUGGCAUCGAACAGGUUCGCGCCCUGCCGGCCGGCAUUCCCACUCUCUACCUGCCCACCCACCGGAGUUACGUGGACUUUCUGCUGGUCUCCUACAUCUGCUUCCACUACGGGCUCCCGCUGCCCGUCAUAGCCGCCGGAAUGGACUUCAAGUCGAUGCUGUGCGUGGGCGACAUCCUGCGCAGCUGCGGCGCCUUCUUCAUCCGCCGCCGGCUGAACGGAGACCGUCUGUACGCGGCCGUGCUGCGUGCCUACGUCCAGGCACUGGCACUCAACAGCCCGCAGCCCUCAGAGUUCUUCAUCGAGGGCACACGCAGCCGCAGCGGCAAACCGCUGCCGCCGCGCACAGGUCUGUUGUCGGCUUAUCUGGAACUGUUCCACACUGGCCGAAUACCGGAUUUACACAUCGUACCAAUAUCCAUCAGUUACGAGCGUGUUCUCGAAGAAAACUUAUACGCUUACGAGAUGCUGGGCAUCCCCAAACCACCAGAAUCUACUGGGCGUCUGGUGGGCGCCGUCAGCGUGCUCGCCGAGAACUACGGCGCCGUGCACGUCCGCCUGCUGGGCGUGCACUCCCUGCGCUCCGCCAGCGGCCCGGACCUCCGCAGCUGCCGGCUGGCCACCGAGGUGCUGCGCGACCAGCUGGCCGGCGCGCGGCUGCCCGCCAGCUGCCUGCUCAUGGCCGCCCUGCAGCUGGCCGGCGGCCGGCAGCAGCUGCCCGAGCUGCUGCAGCUGGCGGGGUUCGUGGGAAAGCAGCUGACGGCGGCGCGGCCCCAGCUCAGCGUGGAAGACGUGACGGUCGACGCUGCGAGGCGGCUGUUUCACGUGCACCACAGUCUGCUCAGAGUGAGCGCCGGCCGGGUGGUGGAGCUCCAGUCGCCGGCCCGACCAGCCGCCAGGGCUCGACGACCAGCUGACGGGCCUCGUCUGAAGGAGUCGACUCUGGCGGCCGUGGUGUCGCGAAUUCAGCUGCAGUUCUACGUGAACCCGCUGCUGCCGCAUAUAGCGGCAGAGGCGCUCCGGGGACUCGCCCGCCAGUCAGGUCGGCCCGAAGCCCGUCGCACCCUGUUCGAGCUGAUGUCCGUCGAAUUCCCCACGCUGGAGCGGUGGGACGCUGAACCAGAGUCUCCGUCAACAGACGCUAGAUGGCAGGACGUGCAGGCUCGACUGCUCCGACCAUUCCUGGAGGCCUACAGGGCGACCAUCGGCGCUCUCCUAGGUUCCCUGCCGUCGUCGGCGUCCCCGGUCGAGGUCCAGCUGUGGGCAGAGCAGCACGUGGACGUGCGUCGGCCGGCCGCCCACCUCUGUCUCUGCAGAGACGUGAUCUCCAACUGCUGCUCGGCCCUGGUGCGACUGGGCGCCGGCACUCGCGCAAAUCGGUCAGGGAACGGAGGCAAUGGAGGAAACGGAGGCAAUGGAGGAAACGGAGGUAACGGCUCUUCUACGGUGCAGUGGCGGCGGGAGCGUCUGGAGGCAGUGGCAGCCCUGCUGAACGAGGCAUGUCGGACGACAAACGCUCGCCUCUGACGGCCCGGCUCAGCAGCGGCUCACAACACUGCAGCUAAGCGGCCGUAUAGCCCGAACACAUCAGUCAGGGACACUGCCUAACGUGGCGCGCACAUUCUUCAUUUUGUGUUUGCGAGGGGUAUAUGAUAGUUCUGCGUACCAGUAUGCAGAGGCUUAUGCGAGGGGCUUUAGGGAAGGGUUGUGACGCAAGUUUGUAAGGGAUGAAAAAGGCAUCAACAGUCAAAAGACUCUGGGAGAGCGGUGUGGGAGCUGUCUAAGUCAGUGUCGGCAUGAGAAGCUUGAGUGGCAUUUACACUCAAUAGUCAAACAAGUCUAUUGGAGACUUAUUGGGGAGUUGUGUUAGUCAUUGUAAGUCUGCGAGACUAUAUAGGCAUCAACAGUCAAAAGAUUCUGGGAGACUCAUGGCUGAAGAGUUGUCUUAGUCAGUGUUAGUCUGCGAGAGACUAUAGAACCGUCAACCGUCAAAAGACUCUGGGAGACUGGCUGAAAGUUCUCUUAGUGAUAGUCUGCGAGCGAGUGACUAUAAAUGCGUCAAAAGUCAAGAGGCUCGGGGAGGCUGCCCAGGACUGUUGUCCUGGGCGAUUGUUAGUCAGUGUGUGACCUUACUAGUCUGUCUGCCAUUGUGACGCUCCAGAGUAAUUCCGGGCUAGUCAGGCAACUGUGAUUUACCGCCCGAACAGAGUAAAACCAACUGUCUUACCCCAUAGACCUGCAUGCGAUUAGGAGGGCAUACCGCCAACUUGACAUGGGCAAUGGGGAAGUUGUAUUUGGACUACCGGGCGGUUUUGAAUGUGAAGCACAUAUUUCCACAUGGAAAAUUCGCGCGGUAAACGAAUCACAGUCAUUUAUUAUUUGAACUAGGGCAUCUUCACUCUUAUAUUCAAGUGUGUGAAAUAUUGUUCAGAUUUUCGUUUGUUAGAUCUGCUUUUUCUACUUUUUUCGCUUGGUGUUUAGUUUUUUAUCUUUUCUUUUCGACACAUUUUCAUGAACGGUUUAUCCUUUAUAUGGGCAUUUUCCCGCGUUUUUGAUGGAUCACUCGUGGCUAUUUAUUUGGAUGCAUUUGGUGUGUUUGCGAUCAUGGGCACCUACCUAUUGCAAAUACAUUCUAUAAUAUAUA